AUGUAUGAUCAACUUGACGUUGCUAUUGAAAGCGCAUUACACAUUAUUGUGAGAUAUAAUGUAGGAUCUACUCGACAAUUGCUUACUGUGUGGUUGUUUUCAAAGGCCUUUCAUGAGCUACAAGUCAAAGUAAUUGAUACAACGCAGCAAGUUAAAGUAACGGAAGCGAAAAUUGAUCAGCUUAAACGUGGUAUCACCCGCGCCCGGUUAACUGAUCAGGAGCUGAGCAAUAUACCGAAAGGAAUCAAAACCUACGAAAAUUUAGGCAGAAUAUUCGUAUCUCAAUCUAUCGAGGAUAUCAGAAAAUCUUUAGCAGAACGGAUUAACGCCGCGAACGAUAAAAUUGAAAAAUUGAAUGCAAGUUAA